GGGUGUUGGAGCGGUAGUGGAGGGCUAGGGGUGGGGGGUUUGUGGGGGGCAUUUUUGGGGAUUGGUGGUUAUGUUGGUGAGGGAGAGGUGAGAGGGUUGUAUGCGUGAGGUUUGGAGACGGGAGUUUUGGUGGUGGUGGUUUAUGAGAUUGUUCGUUGUAAAGUGUAAGGUGUGUGUCGAAGCUCUCCGAUUGGUCGCUGGUGCUGGUUUGUUCCUGCAGAUCGAUGACCUCAUAGGGGACGCUGUCGGACAGCUUUACUACAGCCACAGUGAUUACGUGAGUGGCUCAGGUUACGCAUUUAAGUCCGGAGUCCGUAUUACUUAAGUCAAUGAGGCGUCAUUAUGGGGUUUUUAACUGGUGAUCGGGACAGUCGGGUUUUUACGAAGUAGAUCGAGAGGUUCACCAGCCCCAACACAACCCCUAUUUAAAAAUUGCUUUCACAAGCCUUUUGUAAAACCAGC